UGAUCCUUCAGCCUUAAGACGACGAAUAGACGACACCAAUUCAAAAAUUGUUUGCUACGUUAUAAAGCUAAGAGCUCCAGAGAGCAUCUGAAAAUCGAUCAGUACCACGAUCAUCUAAAACGAACAGGAUUGAGGCAAUAGUGACGUCGUAAAAGAUCCCGGACAUCGAACAUCGAAGACCAAAGCCGUCGGCAAAUGCUUCUCACGUGGAACCUUUCUUCAUCCAAUUGAACCUUCCCGUCCCCAUCGUUCCCGUCGACCACUUUCUACUUGCAUAUUCGCCAAGUAUUCUAUUCGUUCAAUUUAUUCAAAAUCCCAAUUUCUCCUCCACAAAGUUCACCCUUCACAUUUCCUUUUCCAUUCUCGUUGCCCAACUCACCAAAUCUACUACCUUUCUUUUUCUUUUACCGUUUCUAUGGCUGCCAGUCGACGAGGUUCAUUACCCAACACCGUUUAAAUUCAAAUUCAACGGUACCUUUCAAGGUGAACAGAGGUGUCAAGGUGCUAGCACAAUGAGUGCAACCGUCGAUCCCUCGGAUGCUGGCGAGUUGCGCCGCAGAAAGCUAGCAACAGAUGAGAAUAGCGACAGCGAUGAAGCCAUUGAAGAUGUUGUUUCAUCACCAAAAAAUAGAAAGACCUAUGGUCGCACACCAGACGGAACAAUCUUCACCGUUCCUACUACACACGAUAUGGUCUCUCAGCUCCUCGACCCGAGAGAACCUAAAAACCUAUCAGAUGUCAUUGUUCUUGCCGUUCUUGCAGGUCACAUUCUAACCCUCUAUCUCCUACCGGACUCUAUAAAGAGCACUACAUUCGCAAUCAUCUUUCUCUUCUGGAGAACAUCUUACAACCUUGGAAUCGGCAUCCUUCUACGAUUGCAGUCAAAUGAUAACAAACUUGUUGCAUGGGCUAGAAACUGGAAGCUGUUCGAGAAUCCGUCCAGUGGCAAGAAUCCACGACCAUGGCUGUAUAGGCUGCUGAAGCGUGAGUUGGAGAUCAAGAUUCCCGAUGACUACAAAUUCGAGGAAGCUCCAAUUGAGUACAACACCUGGCUCGUCUUUAGGCGACUUGUGGACCUCAUUCUUAUGUGUGACUUCGUCUCAUACUGUCUGUUUGCAAUUGCUUGCGGACAUCGCCCUGCCGGAGAGUCUUCGCUCGUCACCGCUGCUCGAUGGAUUUUCGGUUGGUCAGCGAUUGGAUUCAAUUUGUGGGUUAAGCUCGACGCCCACCGAGUUGUGAAGGAUUACGCCUGGUACUGGGGUGAUUUCUUCUACUUGAUCGAUCAAGAGUUGACAUUCGAUGGAGUAUUCGAGAUGGCGCCUCAUCCUAUGUAUUCGAUCGGGUACGCUGGAUAUUACGGCAUCUCCGCGCUUGCGGCUAGCUAUUCGGUUCUCUUCAUCUCCAUUGUGGCUCAUGCUGCCCAGCUUGCCUUCUUAGUUCUCGUGGAGAACCCUCACAUCGAGAAGACGUACGAUCCCCCUACUCGUAAAAGUGAGGUGCCGUUCAGGCCUCGUAUCCAUAAUCUACUGGGUAUCAAGAACAUCGACUUGUUACGAACUGUGGAUUACUCUACUUUCGUAAACAUGUCACUCGUCGCUCUUAUGGCUUUCGCCACGCCGCAAACCCCGCUACAUCAAACCCUCUUCUUCUCACUCGCACUUGUAUUUCGACUCUGGUACUCUGUCGGACUAGGUAUAAUCCUCACACGACAGUCAAACAGUAAAGCAUGGACGCGCCACUUUUUGAAGGUUGGAGAGACUCCGGAGGAGGGCUGGCGACAGUGGAAAGGAUAUUAUCACAUCACUCAAACCAUGUGCUAUGCCUUUUUCGCUGCUGCUUGCUGGAAGAUGUACAGUGUCCCAGUUGACUGGAACUACGGGUUCGUGAUGCUUCGACACGUCGUCGGUGUUAGUCUCAUCGCUCUUCAAAUAUGGACUGCCGUAAGCAUCUACGAUUCUCUCGGGGAAUUUGGCUGGUUUUUCGGUGAUUUCUUCUUCGACCAAGAGGCAAAGCUUACCUAUACCUCGAUUUACCGUUUUCUGAACAACCCGGAGAGAGUACUUGGGACGGCCGGGUUAUGGGGUGCGGCUAUCAUCACAUGGAGCAGAUCCAUAUUCGCCUUGGCAUUGGUGAGCCACCUUCUCACCAUCGGAUUCCUUCAGUUCGUCGAAAAGCCGCACAUGCAGAAGGUCUAUGGCCGCGAGCUCAGGCGCGAAGCUGGCUUGACCAAGUUCAUUAAGCGUUCUUUACCCCCACCUGUCGCAGAGUGGCAGUCAAGUGUGAACAAAGUCAUGGAUGAUACGUCCCACUUUGUCGAAGAUUUCCUAGAUACGGCACGCCCGAAGUUAGCUGCGGGUGUCUCAACAAUUGUUAGGGAUACUACGGCGCUCUUCAACAAGUAUCCUGCUCGUCUCACUUUGACUAAGCUUUCUCCCGAUCUCGCUGGUUUCGAUCCGAAACACUACUCCAUGACUGUCGAGGGCGAAGCAUCCGGAUUCUCUGCUUUGACGGAACGAGCUAGUGGCAAGGAAGGCACUGCUGGUCAAUUCCCCAAUGAAUUGAAGACCAUGAUCUUUGAAUAUGGCGCUCCGAUCAGGGUCAAGUGGACGGCACCGGCGAACCACGGGAAGAAGGAUUGGAUCGGUCUGUACAUGGUGGCUGAUAACCGUUCUCGUGAAAUCACCGAGCUCUCGUCUCUCGGACGAUGGAUUCCCACCGUACCUGGCCAAUACCAGUCUACCACAGCUGACAAGGGUAUCCUGAAGUGGGAUCAACCCGUCGGAAUUUCUGAAAACGGUGAUGUCAACCUUGUGAGUGGCGAGAUGGAAUUUUCCGGAGACAAGUUGUGGUGGACUCAAGGUGUCUAUGAAUUCCGCUACCACCAUGAUGGAAACCACAACGUCAUGUCGAUCUCGCAACCCUUCGAGAUUCAUAUUGGCCGCUUCGACUACAAUGAUGCAGAAGCGGACACAUCAGUAUCCAUCCAGGAAGCCGUCGAAUCAGCUCUUUUACCAGUGGUGCAGAACUGCCUCGACCGAGACCCGGAUAUUGCACCGAGCACACCAAUCGAGCCGUUCGGUAGCCACGUAGAACGGCAUGGCAAGUAUGCUAAGAGGCUAGUCUAUGCUAUCCACCAGAUGUUCGGUAUCGAAUUCACGCCUGCUGUGGUCCCCGCCGAUGGCAAUGUUAAGAACUUGGCCUGGAGAAUUUGUAAUGCAAAGCAGGUUUUGGCUCCGUACAGUAUGUCACGCUCUAGGGGAACAUCGACACCAGAUGAGGAGAAACACGAACCACUUGGCCCUUAAUCGGGUAUAGGGCGUAUGAUUCUGGAGUAUAGAGUGAUAUUAAGUCACACACAUUCUGCACAUCGAACGGAGUUGAAGAUUUUGGUGCGGCGUGGUUUUCGUGUUGAAGCAUCAAUGUUGUCUUUCCUAGUCUUCUUUUCCCGUCGAAGCAUGCAUGUUCUCGUUAUUGUUCGUUCUGCAUCUGGCAUUUUGUUGAGAUGCCAAAAAUCAAAAACCGGCGGCUACUUUUCCAAGGCUUAUAAACGUACUGAACAUCACGUAUAUCGUGCAUUUUGAGAGUUGGAGAGUUUAGAAGUCUUUGGGAAAGCUGGGUGCUACUAUUACGUGGACAUAUGGUAGGGGUUGGCUCUGGCCUGUUUUCGACCUACGAGUGGGAGGGAAGGAAGAGACAUGGGCGGAGUUGUCGGGGUUAGCUUUUUGAUGGAUAGGCUUGAGAUGAGUUAUGACGAUGAUGUGGAUGGGAUGCUGCGAUCUCGAAUCUUUUCGGGAGAGCUUGUUAAAUACUUCGGGGUUUUGCAGGCUCAAGCUUUGAUUCAAAGGCCAGAUAGUAGUGCCAAUGCCAAUGGAAAAAAUUUACUCCAUUUCAAGUAAGGAAUUUGAUAUAUGUGAAGGGUUGUUUGUGGAUAUGGUUGGAUGGUUCGUUGUCCAUUAUGGCUGCUGUGUUAAUACUCCCUCUGAAAGUCGAACUUGCCGAUCUAUGUACAUUGUAGUUUUAAUGUGAUCUCCUAUAAGGAGG